AUGGCGGCGCGCAGGGCGCGGUUCCCGGCGGCCGCGGGCGAGCGCCGGGAGCACCGGGGAGGCGAGCGAUCCGCUCCGGCCGGGCGGGGGCGGGGGGUGUCUCCUGCCCAAUGCCCGCUGCCCGCCCGGGGGCGGGACGGGACGGGAGGCCGCAAAGCGGCCGCUGCGGCAGGCUCCCGGUCGGCCGGAGGCGAGGCGAAGGCGGGCCGGGGCAGCCCCGGGGAGCUCCCCGGGAGCGGAGGGAAGGGAAGCGGGGGCGGAGCGGGCACCCCCCGGCUCGGCAGAGCCCCCCCUCUCGCAGAGAAUGCGGUUGUCCGUUCCUCCCCCGGGGAUGCCCCUGACCGCGCCCGCCUCAGGCUGGCGUGGGCUGUCUCUGCCUGGCCUCCCGCUCCUCGUGGUGUGGAGCGCAGAGGGACCGGCGGAGCGCUUACUGCCUGCGGGCAGGAGCUGCUGCAGCUGGAGAGGCCACGGAAAGGUAAAGAAGAAGAAAUGGAAGGCCAUCCAGCCGGCAGCUGCCUCCCGCUGCAUGCAAGAGAGAGGCAUGCCUGCCUCUCCAGGUGGGGAAGGAUCCCUCUUCGUAGUACACAGCAGGUGGAGGACAGCCAAGCAGCCAGAGUUACAGAAGGGAGAGGAGAGGAGCAGAAAGAAGCAUCUGAGCUGGGCUCCUAA